AUGAGAAGAAAACCAAAGAGAGAUAAAAAAGAACAAAAGCCUAAAGACAAGAAAGUUUCCAAGAGAAAACCACUGAGGGACCAGGGAAGAACACCAGGGAGAGAUAAGGGAAAGAAGCCAAAGAAAGAUAAAGAACCCAAACGCAAGGAGGAAAAAGGCGAGCCCAGAAAGACCGCCCCACGUAUCCUGAAACUCGGUUCCGGUCAGGUCACCUUCUCCAGCAUCUACAAGAACUACGACCCCACCAGCGGCAAGAAGAUCUGGAUCCCAGACUACAAUAAUGAUGUCAAGCCUUCUCUGGUCGUGACAUUCAAGGAGCCAAGGACCCUGACGUCCAUCCAAGCCAAGGGGGCAAAGGUCAAAGAGCUCGGAGAGGGAUGGAUUAAGGACUUCAGGCUGGAGACCAAGGCUACCAAGGAUUCACCGUGGGUGAAGUAUACAUUGGAGGAUAAAACUGAUUUGAUGACCUUUGAACCUGAGGUCACGAGUGCCAAAGCGACUGCCAGUUUCACCUUCCCUUCUGACAUCACCGCUGAAAAGUUGAGGUUUACUCCAGUAUCCUGGGAGAAGUUCCCAGCAAUUAGGAUGAAACUGUUGGGCUACAGGAAUAACAAAAAGGAAACAGGUCCCAAACGCCGCCAGAAGAGGACCAUCUAUUAUCGUUUGUGGAACAACGAAGCGUCUUGGGAAGAGGCUAGCAAAUAUUGUAGCGAGCAGGAUGGAAGACUCGCUAAAAUAGAAGACGCCAGUGUUCAGAAAAGACUUGUCAGGUCUAUAAAGAGAAAGGGAUUCAAAGCUGAUUGGUGGAUCGGUGUGUCAGAUAAGGAGACUGAGGAUACCUGGUUGUGGAGUGAUGGAACUCAGAUGACUUACACUAACUGGCUGGCAGGAGUUACGCCACCACAGGAAGAAAUCAAAGAUUGCGCUUUCAUGAAGCAAAGUGAGGACUACCUAUGGGACGAUGAAGUCUGUGAUCUUAAGAAGAGUUUCAUUUGUGAAUAUGACGAGAAACCAAAGAAGAGUUCCAGCCGCAAAGUCAUCACUGAUGUGAAAGUUGGACAGGGUUUUAAUUACUACAUGACGUCGUUGACUUGGAAGCAGGCUUUGAGAGCCUGUGUUAGGGCCCAAGGAACCCUCGCCCGGAUUCAAACCGAAGAAACACAGAAAGCCAUCGAGGAAUAUAUCGCCACAAAUUUCAAAGAUACUCAAGUUCAGUUUUGGUUUGAUGCCAACUACCGCGUGACACACAGACGGAAGGAGGACUGGGUCUUCUCUAAUGGGGUAGGACUGGAUUACGACAAUGGACUGAAGGAAGUUGAGGUUGAAGGGAGAAAAUGUGCUCAUCUUGGUACGAAGACGGAGCCCCAGUUCCAAUGGACUGCUGACAAGUGUCGUGAGAAGAGGGGAUUUAUCUGCGAGAUUUUCCCCAAGGAUGAAACCAGCGUCCAGCCAGCAAGAGACGAAGGAUCUUCCCAAGUUUACUUGAGCGUUCAGAAAUCCAAACAGACUUGGGAAGAGGCUAAGGAUGAUUGUCAAAAAGCUAACGGCCAUCUUGUCAGGAUCUACGAUGCCUCCUUCCAGACCAAAGUCGAAAAUUCUUUGGAUGAGGUCGGAGCCAAAAGAAAGGGAAUUGGAAAUGGAAGGACGAUAGAACCUGCAAAAAGAAGAGAGGCUCAAUUUGUGCAUUGA